AGAGGCCAAGAGCAAUGAUUCAAGAGUUAAUUCAAGGUGCAGAGGAGUGGAAUUAAAGAAACUGCACAUUUAUGGAAUUCAGGAAACCAAACUUUCAGCAACAAUUUUCAGUUCACUGCAUGCGUUGGGAGUUUAGCCAUAUUGAUAUCCGACCUAGCAGGUGGCUUGAAAUUUCAAAUGUCAAUCAAAAAGGGAACUCGUUAGCUCAUGUAUACCCUCAACUAGGCAACUUCAACAGGAGGUGUACAACGAUUGCUGGAUCCUCCCACUUAUUUUCUCCAGCUUGUGGAGGUUGUUGUUCAUCCAAUAUGAUUCCGUUGGAAGAAAUAAUAAAUCGUUUGGUAACGCUUUCUGGAAGUACUGUUUUGCUUUUUUGUUUUUUAUUUUGCUUCUUUUAGGGGUUUUUUUGACCUUUUGCUUUAUGAUUUUUCUUUAUUGGGGCUUCCUCCAUUUUUCUGACGUUAAUCACAUUUAUUG